GAGAAUGUUUCCUCCCUUCAAAGUCCGAGUGUCCGGAAUGGACAAGAAAGCUAAGUACAUCAUGUUGAUGGACAUUGUGGCAGCUGACGACUGCAGGUACAAGUUCCACAACAGUUCUUGGACAGUGGCUGGCAAGGCUGACCCGGAAAUGCCCAAAAGGAUGUACAUCCACCCAGACUCGCCCAACACUGGGGAACAGUGGAUGCAGAAGGAGGUGUCCUUCCACAAACUCAAACUCUCCAACAAUGUUUGUGGACAGCACGGAUCGACGGUCCUCAACUCCAUGCACAAAUACCAACCCAGGUUCCAUCUUGUACGGGCGAACGACAUCCUCAAGCUUCCAUACAGUACGUUCCGUACCUAUGCAUUCAAGGAGACACAGUUUAUCGCUGUUACCGCCUACCAGAAUAAAAAGAUAACCAAGCUGAAGAUUGAUUAUAACCCGUUUGCUAAAGGAUUUCGAGAAAUGCGUAAUCCAAAAGAAGACAGGAA